AUGGCAUCACUUUUCGUAAAACGUUCGCAAAAUACUUUAAGAUCCGUGACACCCGUUUUGAAAAGGUUUGUUUCCGGAAAGACGGCAGUUGCUACUCGAGAUUCAAAAGAAAGCUCGGUUACAGCAACGCCUGAAACUUCCUCACAAGUUGUACCAGCUGAUAUUGUAUCCGGUGCACCUG